AUGGGAAAGCCCUCCUGGAUCACUUGUCACGUCCCCACCCUGGCAGGUCUCCCACUGGAUGCGAAUCCUGUGAUCACACUCACUGGGGAGAAGCGUUAUGAAUGCGAUGAAUGUGGGAAAAGUUUCUAUAAUAUCUCGUCCUUUGGGACGCACAUGAGAGGUCACAAACGUGAAUAUAAGCGAUGCUGCCAAGCCUUUGGCCAUUCAGCCUUCACUUUGCAUAAGAAUUUUCAUAAGCGAGAUAAGCCCUAUGAAUGUAAGGAAUGUGGGAAAGUCUUUCGCUACUUCUCAGUCCUCACUACACAUCAAAGAACCCACAGUUCGGAGAAACCUUAUGAAUGUAAGGAGUGUGGGAAAGCCUUUAGUUUUUCUUCCUCCCUCACCACACAUAUACGAACUCACAGUGGGGAGAGGCCUUACGAGUGUAAUAUUUGUGGGAAGUCUUUUAUUCAGGCUGCACACCUCACUACACAUAAGCGGACUCACAGCGGAGAGAGGCCGUACGAGUGUAAGGUAUGUGGGAAAACCUUCACACAGCCCUCAAACCUCACUACACACAUGCGGACUCACAGCGGAGAGAGGCCGUACGAGUGUAAGGAAUGUGGGAAGUUCUUCAGUUAUUCCUCUUCCUUCACUACGCAUAAAAGAACUCACAGUGGAGGUAAACCUUAUGAAUGUAAGGAGUGUGGGAAAGCUUUUAACCAGGCCGCACACCUGACUUCACAUAUAAAAACUCACAGUCGAGUGCGGCCUUACGAAUGUAAGGAGUGUGGGAAAGUGUUUAAUUAUUACGUAGCCCUCACGAUGCAUAAAAGAAUUCACAGUGGAGAAAGGCCUUAUGAAUGUAAGCAGUGUGGGAAAAUCUUUAGGUACUACUCUGCCCUAACCACUCAUAAAAGAACCCACAGUGGAGAGAAGCCCUAUGAAUGUAAGGAGUGUGGGAAAGCCUUCAGUCAGGCCUCAGCUCUCACGAAACAUCUACGAACUCACAGUGGGGAGAGGCCUUACGAAUGCAUGGAGUGUGGGAAAGCCUUCAGCCGUCCCUCUUCUCUUACUCAACAUGUAAGAACUCACAGUGGCGUGAGUCCUUACGAAUGUAAGCAGUGUGGGAAAUUCUUCAGUUCUUCCUCAGCCCUCACCAUGCAUAAGAAAACUCACAGUGGAGAAAAACCUUAUGAAUGUAAGCAGUGCGGGACCGCCUUUAGGUGUUUCUCGGGCCUCACCAGACACAUACGGAUUCACAGUGGGGAGAGGCCUUAUGAAUGCAAAGAGUUCUACUGCAGCACGGAAUGUCCCGAAACCGGAAGCGGAAGUGCGCGUUCUCGUUUGGCCUCCGUGUUGAGCCGCCCUCCUGCUCAGGUGGUACGGACGUUUAGCCAGGGUUGUCCGUGGGUCUGGUUCCCACUUAAGGUGCCCCGCAGGCUCGUGUCCCGGGUCCGAGGGCACUGCUCCCGCUCUCGCGCACUCUCGGUUUGUCCUCCGCCCUCUCGGAGCCUCGAGAUCGCUUCCCGGGGAGUCACCGCCGCCUCUUCUUGCGAGAGCCUGGGCCCCCCGGUCAUUUUUGCCGCUGCUGGGAGGCCGAGCCACUAG